AUGCUCAAUGUUCGCCACAAAAUCUCGUUUCUCAGCCUUUUUAUAGAAGCAUUCUCGAUGGUCUUCCAGACUGCUUUGGUUGUCGCUUACCCUACACCUCAUGAAGCUGCAAAAACGUCGGUCAUAGUGCUCAUGGUCAUCAUUUUUGGCCCGAUACCACUAUUUGCCAUUUCUAAGACCGCAUACAUGAUUCGAAGAAAAAUACCUCUUCGAGCUCUAUACAAACCAGAUUUCUACCUUUGGGGACCACGAAACGACGAAAACCGUGUACGAGCAGCAGCGUGGGAGAAAAAGGUGAGGCUUCGAGGCAUCACUCAACGCACCCCAUGUAGACAGGUUCUAACCGAUGUUCUUCACCCGGUUCUCCGACAAAUUCUUCGAGAAAGCUUUCUCACUCUCUUGCAUUGA